UAAUUUGUGGUCUGGUGGAGGUUGCACUUCAUUCAUCUUCUUGUUCUGAGGGAGGCUUUUCUUCAUGGUAUAAAGGAAGUAAUCAAAAGUAAAUAGCCAAUAAGAAUCUCUAUGUAUCUUAAUGGUACCGUGCUUGCACUUGCGGUUAAGAAGAAGAUGGGGACAGAAUCAGCACAGAAGAUUCUGAUAUAUGGAAUGGCCACUGCCCUAUUUCUGCUGUUCUGUUUGUUUUUGUGGCUGUACUGGGUCAGACAUGGCUCCCCUGUGGCACCACGCAGUACAUCUGGGGUUGGAACUACCAUUGAAGGAAAAGUUUUUAUAAAUGGAACCACUUCAAUUGGAAGAAUAGAUGAUGAUUUUGUCUGUGCCACGUUGGAUUGGUGGCCUCCUCAGAAAUGUGACUAUGGAACAUGCAGCUGGGGCAGAACUUCUCUGCUUAAUCUAGACCUUAACAACGUAAUAUUAUUGAAUGCCAUCAAAGCAUUUUCUCCGCUAAAGAUAAGAUUAGGUGGAACCUUACAAGACAGAGUAAUAUACCAGAGCAAUGAACAACAACCGUGUAGCCCAUUUGUCCAAAGGAGUUCAGAUUUGUUAAGAUUCUCUAAAGGCUGCCUCCCUUUGACUCGCUGGGAUGAACUAAACAAUUUCUUCAAGAAAGCUGGGGCUGUUGUUGUUUUUGGUCUAAAUGAGCUAAGAGGGAAGACAAUAAACCCCCAAGGUUCUGCUGAAGGAGCUUGGAAUUCUAGUAAUGCCGAAUCUCUUAUGCGAUACACUGUCAACCAGGGCUAUACCAUUCAAGGUUGGGAGCUUGGAAAUGAACUGAGUGGGAAUGGAAUUGGAGCAACAGUUUCGGCAGAUCAAUAUGCAUCUGACAUAAACACUCUGCAAGACACCGUGCAAAAUAUUUAUGCUGGUUUUGACGUCAAGCCAGCAGUCAUGGGACCAGGAGGUUUCUUUGAAGAAAACUGGUUCAGAGAAUUCAUACAGAAAACAACUAAAUCUCUUCAAGUGGUCACCCACCACAUUUAUAACCUUGGUCCAGGCAGUAGCGAUCAACUUAUCAACGAGAUCCUAGAUCCAUCUUUUCUUGACAGCGUAUCACAAAAGUAUAGUAGACUUCAAAGCAUUCUGAAGAAUUCUGGGACUCAAGCCGUUGCAUGGGUUGGCGAAGCAGGAGGUGCUUCUAAUAGUGGCCAUAAUCUUGUCACUAAUACAUUUGUUUUUAGUUUCUGGUACUUGGACCAGCUCGGAAUGGCAUCAUCUUUUGAUACCAAAACAUAUUGUAGACAAACUUUGGUUGGUGGAAACUAUGGCCUUCUCGACACUAACACCUUUGUUCCAAAUCCUGAUUACUACAGUGCGCUCCUUUGGCACCGUUUGAUGGGCAAUAACGUUUUGUCGACAAACUUCUCUGGAACAAACAAAAUACGUGCUUAUGCUCACUGUUCAAAGAAAACGCAAGGAAUCACAUUGCUCUUGAUCAACCUAGAUGGUUACGCAACAGUUCAAGUGCGAGUUUCUGCUGAAAAUGCUACUGGCCCUGGUAUUUCACCUUUACAUGAUCCAAGAACAAAAUUUGCUAGGGUGUCUCAAGGAUCUAAAACUGCUAACCUUACUAGAGAAGAAUAUCACUUAACCCCAAAAGAUGGGGAUUUACACAGCCAAAUAAUGCUUCUAAAUGAGAAAAUGCUAACCGUAGAUUCAUCUGGGGUUAUCCCACCCUUGGAACCAAUAAAUGUAAGCCAAUCAGAUCCAAUAACUAUAGCUCCUUUCUCUAUUGUAUUUGUACAAAUACCUUAUAUUAACUUCUCUGUAUGUAAUUAGGUGCAUAGCAAAAAUUGAUAUAUCCUGCUUUCUGUGUAACAAUUAGAUCGGAAAUAUUAGUGCAUCUUUACUUUUAA